AUUCCCAAGUGCCUUAGUUUAAGCAAGAGAAAUUAAAUGGGACUAAAACCAAGCUCUCGGUCUAAGCUUGAUCCGGGAGAUCAUAUCUUUAGUAAUAGGGCGGGGAUUCUCUACUAUCAUCACGGAAUAUAUGUGGGCGAUGGCAUGGUGAUUCAUCUUAUGCCAGCUGAAAAGAAAGAUAAAUCAGUUUCUCUGUGUCCAAACUGUGGCUACAGUAAAGACCGGCACAGUGGAAUCAUCAAAACUUGUCUUGACUGUUUCCUUGAUGGCAAUAUCCUUUUUACCUUUAUACAUCCCAUCCCUUGCAGGCCACCAGAUGAAGUUAUCAGGAUUGCCACUGAGUUUCUCCAAGGAAAACGAGAUUUUGGCACAUACGACCUUGUAUUUAAGAAUUGCGAGGAUUUUGCAUCCUACUGUAAAACAGGCGUUAAUUUCUCUUAUCAAAGGAUUGGGUGGGUUUAGAAAAAAAGUUGUACCAAUUUAUCUUCAUGACAAAUGUUGGGUAGGUGUAAAUUGUUCGGCCUACUUGAAUAUUAUCUUUCUCUUCCGUA